UCAAUAUCAGAUAAAUCACUCAGAUAUAUAUAUGUAUGUAUAUGUAUAUAUAUCAAAUCUCAAUGAAGCAUCUGCGGAUUGAUCCCGUCUAUGAUUUAGUUUUUAAUAAUAUAUAUGUAGGUUUGUAUAAAAUAUUUUGAUACAUUGAUUAUACAAGUUGUUAGGUAUAGUUGCGUGGGUGACUGAAAAAGAUAACGCAAAGUUGUGUUUAGUUGUGAUGAUACAAAAGAGGACAAAGGUAGAGGCAGAGCCAAAGAAGGAUAAGAUCGACAUAUAGAAGAAAAGGGUGCAGUGAUGGAAGAAAGUUCGACAGGAAAGUGGGGAUGGAUGAAAAUGAGGGAAGAGCUGAAGAAGGUGGGUACUAUAGCAGCUCCAAUGGCGGUUUCAAGUGUGUUACAAUACCUUUUGCCAGUGGUGUCCUUAGUAAUGGUUGGCCAUCUUAACCAGCUCUCUCUUUCAAGUGUUGCUAUUGCGACCUCUCUCACCAAUGUUUCUGGGUUUAGUGUUUUGUCAGGGAUGGCUGGUGGAUUGGAAACUUUAUGUGGCCAAGCUUUCGGGGCAGGGCAAUAUGAAAAAUUUGGACUAUAUACUUACACUGCCAUAAUAUCCCUUUCUUUGGUUUGUUUCCCGAUCACAAUUCUAUGGAUUUUCAAUGACAAAAUAUUAACUCUAUUAGGCCAAGACCCAACAAUAUCCCUUGAAGUUCGUAAAUAUGCCAUUUGGCUAAUACCUGCUCUAUUUGGUUCCGCAAUUCUCAAACCUCUAACACGAUUUUUCCAGACCCAGAGUUUGAUUUCUCCCAUGAUUCUAACCUCCGCUAUAGCUUUGUGCUUCCACGUAGUAACAUGUUGGACCCUUGUUUUUAAACUGGGGUUGGGACAUGUUGGUGCCGCAAUCUCCUUCAGCCUUUGCGUUUGGUUUAAUGUGAUAAUGCUUUUGUCCUUUGUGAGGUAUUCCUCUGCUUGUGAGAAAACACGCAUCUCUUUCUCCAAGAAUGCUUUGGUUGGUGUUGGAGAGUUCUUUCGCUUUGCUGUCCCAGCAGCAGUCAUGGUUUGUCUUGAGUAUUUUGAGAAGAUUUUGCAACACGAUCAUAAUGAUUUGGCCAACAUGGUCACUUAUCUGUCAUACAGUCUUAAGUGGUGGGCCUGCGAGAUACUUGUUUUGUUAGCUGGACUUUUUCCAAACCCAAAGUUGGAGACAUCAGUCCUAUCUAUAUGCUUAACAAUCUCUACGUUGCAUUUCACCAUACCUUAUGGGUUUGGGGCUGCUGCUAGCACUAGAGUUUCGAAUGAAUUAGGAGCUGGGAAUCCACAAGCAGUUCAUGUGGCUGUUUCUGCAACGAUGUUCCUUGCAGUCACAGAGGGUUUCAUUGUAAGUGCAACACUAUUCGGCUGCAGACAUAUCUUGGGUUAUGCCUAUAGUGAUGACCGUAUGGUUGUUCAUUAUGUGGCUGUUAUGAUCCCUCUGCUCUGUCUCUCUAUUUUUACUGACAGCUUACAAGGAGUUCUUUCAGGGGUUGCUAGAGGAAGUGGGUGGCAACAUCUAGGAGCCUAUGUCAAUCUGGGAGCGUUUUAUCUGGUAGGAAUUCCUGUGGGUAUCCUACUUGGCUUUGUUGCACAUUUCAGAGCAAAGGGCCUCUGGAUUGGAAUUGUCACUGGCUCCAUUGUCCAAUCGAUUCUCCUUUCCCUUAUUACUGCUCUUACCAACUGGAAAAAACAGGCAAUGAUGGCAAGGGAAAGAGUAUUUGAUGCUAAACCACCAGACGUAAAUGGAUCAUAUCACAUGACGAGUGCUUAAAGCUAGUUUGGUCAGCUGUGUCUCACAUAGACAUAGAUAUAUAAUUUUGAUUUUCCGUAGGAAAUAAGUCACCAAACUAUGGUUUCGCAAAGAAAUGUUACGAGACACCUACGUCAACAUCUAGAGAGCCAAAGAAAUAAAUGAAAGCAAAGAAAUAAGUAACAGAUAAUAUAAAUGUUACAAGAAAAAUAAUGGAGUGUUUGUAAUAAUGGAGUGUCCAUGCAUGACUGUUUUAUUAUAUUAUUCUAAUUUGGUCAAAAUGCUGGAUCAACUCCAAUUAGAGAUUAUUAAAACUAUGGGCGCAAGUUCACAUUGGUUAAUUAUAUGUCUGCUAUAUGAUACCCAGUAGGAAUGGCGACCGAUCUUAUCCAUAGUAAGCUAUUUUAACUCGUGAAACAUGAUUGGACUCAUCCAAAUAAAUUAUGGAAGAUGGUGGCAUUUCUAAAUCCAA